AUGCCCCUGCUGCCUGGCACGGUGUGCCUGCUCUUCUGGGCAGGCCAGACAGCGAAUGCCUUGAUGGUGCCCAAUGCCACCCUGGCACUGGCAAGGCCCGAGUUCACCGCUUUGAGGCCCCUGACCAGCCUGGGGGUGCCCAGGCACCGCUGGAAGCGCCACAUCUCUGCCCUGGACAUGAGUGCCCUAUUGGACUAUCACAACCACAUCCGGGCCAGCGUGUACCCACCCGCAGCCAACAUGGAAUACAUGGUCUGGGAUGAGCAGCUGGCCAGGUCUGCUGAGGUCUGGGCCACUCAGUGCAUCUGGGCUCAUGGGCCCUCACAGCUGAUGAGAUACGUGGGCCAGAACCUCUCCAUCCAUUCCGGCCGGUUCCGCUCAGUGGUCGACCUUGUGAAGCCUUGGUCCGAGGAGAAGCGGCAUUACUUGUUUCCGGCCCCGAGGGACUGUAACCCACAGUGCCCCUGGCGCUGCAGUGGCCCCGUCUGUUCCCAUUAUACCCAGAUGGUGUGGGCAUCCUCCAACCGGCUAGGCUGUGCCAUCCACACCUGUGGCAGCAUCACCGUCUGGGGCAACACUUGGCAUCAGGCAGUGUAUCUGGUCUGCAACUACGCCAUUAAGUAAGGCUGGAAUGGAGAANNNCCGUACAAGACGGGGAGGCCGUGCUCCGCCUGCCCCCCCAGUUACAAAGGCAGCUGCAGUAGCAACAUGUGCUUCCCUGGCCUCAAAUCCAACAGGCUCCCGUGGUUCUGA